AUGGCAGAACAACAGCAGCAUCUUCAAGCCCUCACAGAGGAAUAUCAAAAACUCCAAACAGAUCUCCAAAACUCCAUCGCCUCCCGUCAAAAGCUCGAAUCCCAACAACAAGAAAACAAGGGCGUUCAAAAGGAAUUCUCUGCCCUAACCUCCACAGCCAACAUCUAUAAACUCGUGGGCCCCGUCCUCCUAAAACAAGAUAAAACUGAAGCGGUUAUGGCCGUCGAUGGGCGCUUGGAAUUUAUCGAGAAGGAAAUAAAACGAGUAGAACAAGUUCUUAAAGAUGUACAGGAUAAAAGCGACGGUUUGAAAAUGGAGAUAAUCAAACUACAAUCCGAAACCCAAGGAGCGCAACCUCAAGCUGUUGCAUAA